AUGAGCAGCAGCUUAACAAACGAUCCUCCUUUGGGAGGAGGAAGUGAUAACCCACCAAGUCCACAAUUACCCAAUCACAACAACAAUAACAUGUACCGUUGCCAACACGCUGGUUGCGACAAGUCUUAUUCUACUCAGCCAGGCCUCAAUAAUCAUUUGAAGACUCAUUUUACAGAUGAAGAGAAGCCAUUCAUCUGUUCGCAUCCAGGUUGUACAAAGAGAUACGCCCAAAAGAAGGGGGUUGAUUACCACUUCAAAUUUGCUCACCAAGAUAAGACUACCUGGUUUCGUUGUCCCACAUUAGGAUGCGACACUUCGUUUUUCGGGGAGCGUCAGCUCAAGUUUCAUCAAGAGUCGCAUGGCAUCUUCAGAUGCACUGCAAAUCGUUGUGUCUAUCAGUGCAACAGUAAAGCAGAGCUUCUUGAGCAUAGAGCGCGUAAUCAUGAGAAGGCCCAACUUUAUGCGGAACACGUUGGUAGAAUCAGAACCAGUGUAGCCAGAAGAAAGAAAAACUCUCAUUCUGCAAAAUUAUCUGCUCAAUCUCCAGAUACACAAGACACAUCAUCCAAUGGAAAAGAAUACGAAGAAUAUGAUGGUGAUGGUGAAAUUGAUGAGGAGAAAUAUAAUCCUGAGGUUGCUGAGGAAUUUCCCGAGAGACCAAUCACCAAUAGGGGGUGGAAGUGUCCUAAACCAAGUUGUAAAGUUUACAGGAAGAUAAAGUUCGAUCUAAUUCAACAUUGGAAGGAUAAACACGGUGAAUUGGCCGAACCAGACUAUUUUCAAUACAUUCAUGGACCCAGGUCAUCUUUCACUCCUCAACAGACUGCUAACUCCAUGACCAAUGUUUCUCGGCUCGGAGGACAACGUACCACUCCAUCUGAUUCUGCUCGUCAAUCAGCUCAGAUUAAGGAAGAAGAGACAAGUCCACAGAACCCAGCACUGUACAGCACUGCUCUCCAAAGACCAACUGCUCAGCAUCAGAGAGAGAGAGAUGGACGCAAUGCAGGAAAUAUGACUGGCAAUUUUAAGCAUUCAAACGCCCCAAAAGCUACAGCUUCAACCUCCACCGCCUCUCAUCGUCUUUCCACAGCAGCAGAUUCCCAGAAUCGCACUGCGCACCCAAGAUCCUACUACGACCCUCCCAUCGCACGUCCAGAUACUGUAGCUUCCGCCAGUUCUUCUGGUAACUUGUCUAUUCCUCCUACGCGUCGUUCGGUCAACAGUACACGUACAGAUACUGCUGUCACAGCUAUUGAUCCCGCUCGUCCAGUCAAUCCCACUCGCACGGAGACUGCAGAUCCAGUUGCUCGUACUCACCCAGUCAAUACUACACGAACAGAGACUGCCGUAUCAGCUGUUUCUCGUGCUCGUCCAGUCAAUACUACACGUACAGAGACUGCUGUUCCAGCUAUCGCUCGUCCAGUCAAUUCUGCACGCACAGAAGCUGCUGAUCCAGCUAUGGCUCGUAGUCGACCAGUCAACACUACACGCACAGAAACUGCUGAUACAGCUGUGGCUCGUGCUCGUCCAGUCAACACUACACGUCCAGAGGUUGCUAUCCCAGCUAUUAAUCGACCAGUCCAUCGUCGUCCAAACGGUCCUCCUCCGACUUUUAGUCGCGCAAUGGAAGCUCGUCGUUUUAGUCCUCCUCCCGCUAGAAGUAUUCGAGCUGCUAGUCCUCUUGAUUAUUUGGGCAAUAUUAAUCGCGCUAGUAAUCAUCGUGUCUCCUCAACCAACCUUGACCGCGCUUUCGAGCCUCGUGUCUCCUCGACUAGCCAUCAUCGCAUUGGUAAUUCUCUCGUCUCCUCGGAUAAUCAUCACCGCACUGGUCGUUCUCAUAUCGCCUCGACUGACCAUUACCGCACUGAUAUUCCCCUCUUCCCCUCCACCAACCUCAACCGCAGCACAAACCCUCGCACCUUCUCACUCAAUGCCCAUCAAUCCACCACUGCACGCCUCCGAAACCCUCCUACCUCUUCCUUUCACCGUUCUCGCCCUUCUCAAGCCUUGCGCUCCUCUGCCGAAGAACAAGGACAAGAAGAAACAGGUCUCUUUGUCUCCCCCUCAAACCCUCCUUCCCGCCCUCUAGGCGUCAGAGGUUUCGCUAAUAUGCCUCUGCCACGCGACCAAGAUUCGGAUGAGGAAGAUCUGAGACCCAGCCAUGUUCUAAAGCAGGAUCGUGAGCGUCGAGCUACUGCUGCUGCUGCGACUGGCGCUGCGGCUCCGGUUGCUCAAAUUGAGAGACCGCGCGGUGCUAGAGAUGCGUACGGAAGACUCUAUUCUGAGAGAGGUGCGGGUACUGAUACUGCGGAUAGGUACGGUGCUGCGGGUUCUACUGACAAAGAUGGUAAGGGUGAUAAGGACAAGAAGGGUGAAAAGUCGGGUGGAAAGUCCAAGUCUAAGCCGAUGGCUAGACGAGGUCGUGCUGAUGAUUCGGAUGACGAUUUUGAUGAUUUUGAUGAGAGCGAGUUGAGUUCAUCCGAUGACUCCUAUGAAGAUCCUCGUCAAGGUCUAGGUCAACGCUCAACACACCAAACCAAGCGCACUCGUUCCAUUUUCAACCCUCAUCAAUCCUCCAGCGGCAUCCGCAAUCCCGUGCCACCCCCAAGAACCCCAUCUCCCAAUGGCAUCUAUCGACCCUACCAUCCCUACGCCCCCGAUCUUGACUCCCCACCCCCCUCAUACCUGAUCAAAUCCCCCGGCGUCAUCGACCGAAGACUUCCCUAUGUCGACCGCCCCGAAGAUAAGUUUAUGUCCGAAGUCGCCGUUACCCAACCUCAAGACCUCUUCAACGCCGACGACGUCCAUUAUUACUUCCGCGGCCCAACCGAGCACGAAAAGGCCCUCCAACGCCGUCUUGAUGCCGAAAAGGAGGCCAUGAAAGCCAAUGCCUACGGCUCCGGUUUCCAAGUCCCCAUGCACUAUGAUGCCCACCCCUACACGGCCCCCAUUAAUACUCGCGACCGUCCAGCGUGGAGAGAGGAGCGUUUGCGUCUAGAUGAGUUGGAGCGUCGCGGUGAUGGUUUCGAGGAAAUUGAACGUAUUAGGGGCAUGGAUCGUAAUAUGUCUGGUGCUCCUGAUGCAGAAGCAGAAGCUCCCUCCAAGAAAGCCAAGAAGGCAACCUGUGCAGGUCCCGAUCGCGUCAAGCGUAAAUAUAAUUGGCGUGAUCCAUCAAAGAAGAAUAAGCGUCGUCGUGAACAAGGUACCGGUGGUGCGGCACAAGUUGACGGAACAGAUGAGCAGAAUUUGAAAGGUUUGGGUCCUCCUGUCCAAGCUUCUGCUGAGACUUCAGAUGACGAUAGCAUGAUGGAUGGAGAUACCAGUAAUUAG